AGAAAGACGCGAAGGGGUGGAGAGAGAGAGAGAGAGAGAGAAGGAGAGAGAGAGGGACGCUGCAAUAUCAUGCGCGAGCGCCUCUCGGAGUGCCGCAGAUACACGGGCUGCGCUCACACACACUCACAUACACGCGCGCACGCACACGCGCACACACACACACAUACACACGCAGGAGCGCGCGCACAGACGGACGGAGAACGAGGGACAGAGGACCAGUCCGGGCGUCGGGAUCUCCACCACACACUUCUAAGCGAGCUCCUUCGGGAUUUACAACUCCUCUUUGUUUCUCGCAUUUUUCCCCCCUGCUCCGUUUCAGCGUCCUCGAGACUGCAGAGCUUGCUUUUAAAACUCUGCUGUGCCACUGACACAAACAGACGGAGAGCUCGUGCGUGCGCGCGCAAGCAACCGGAGCGGUAAAGUUCAGGCGAUUUUAUUGGAAAUAUGUGCGAUUCAAGAAGACGGGAUUUUUAAAUCAUUUUUUUAUCCCGAGUUAGAAUGGAUUGAAAUGUCUGAGGUAUUUUUUUUCUGUUACAGAGUAAACUACAGGCGCGUUUCAUUCUGUACUGCGUGAAUGCCACUAUGAGCCUUGAAUGCGUUUAAUUGCAGGACUGUGCGGGGUUCAGAUUUCUGGAAGCAUUCAUGGUGAGAAAAAGAAAGAGUGAAGAGAAUAUAUAUUUGGGGGAAAGGAGGAGAGAUUGUUCUCCAGCACAAAUCCAGUGUAGUUGGAGCGCGCGCUGAGAAAACUGGCGGAAAGGGAAAACGCUUCAUCGUUUCAGCAAACUGUUGAUGAAAAUAACUUUACAUUUUUUUUCCCCUGAAACCGGUGAUUAGAGAGCGAGCGCGAUGAGGAAUACCGGCGCGACAGACUGCCUGUGCUACUGCUUUGUGCUGCUGCAGCUGCUGACUCAGCCCGCGGCCAAGCAAGUGCUGCGCUACCGCCUGGCUGAGGAGGGUCCCGCCGAUGUGCGCGUGGGGAACGUGGCUGCCGACCUCGGCAUCGUUGCCGGCUCCGGGGAUGUGACUUUCACCCUUGAGUCUGGCUCUGAGUUCUUCAAGAUCGACAACAUCACCGGUGACUUGAGCACCAACGAGCGGCGCAUUGACCGCGAGAAGCUGCAGCAGUGCCAGAUGAUCUUCGACGAGAAUGAGUGCUUUAUAGACUUCGAGGUGUCCGUGAUCGGGCCCGCGCAGAGCUGGGUAGACCUGUUCGAGGGCAAGGUCAUCAUUCUGGACAUAAACGACAACACGCCGUCUUUCCCGUCGCCUGUGCUCACUCUGUCCGUGGAGGAAAACAGGCCGAUCGGCACGCUUUAUCUCUUGCCCACAGCCACUGACAGGGAUUUCGGCAGAAACGGGAUAGAGAGGUACGAGUUGAUUCAGGACAGCGGAGAGAGCUCCGUGCGCCGGAUAGGCUCUGGAGGCUCCGCCAGUAUCGACUCUCACAUGGGCAAAAGAAGAUUUGACGACGGCGCGAGUCGGAGUAGCGUGUUUGAACUUCAGGUCGCUGAUACCACAGACGGAGAGAAGCAGCCGCAGCUGAUCAUUAAAGGCGCACUGGACAGAGAGCAGCGCGACUCCUAUGAGCUGACUCUGCGCGUCAGGGACGGCGGCGACCCCCCGCGCUCCUCUCAAGCCAUCCUCAGAGUGAUGAUUACAGAUGUGAAUGACAACAGCCCGCGUUUUGAGAAGAGCGUGUAUGAGGCAGACCUACCUGAGAACAGCUCCCCUGGCGCCCCCAUCCUCCAGCUUAAGGCAGUGGAUGCUGAUGUUGGGGUUAAUGGCCAGAUUGAAUAUGUUUUCGGGGCAGCCACUGAAUCAGUGCGGCGACUGCUGCGGUUAGACGAGAGCACAGGCUGGCUUAGUGUAUUACACAGGAUUGAUCGUGAGGAAGUAAGUCAGCUGCGGUUCACGGUCAUGGCCCGAGACCGUGGUCAGCCUCCCAAGACAGACAAGGCAACGAUGAUUAUCAAUAUCAAGGAUGAAAACGACAACGUCCCGAAUAUCGACAUAAGAAAAAUUGGACGCAUUUACCUGAGAGACGGUGUGGCGAAUGUGGCGGAGGACGUGGUGGUAGACACACCUAUUGCACUAGUGCAAGUGUCUGAUCGUGACAAGGGACCGAACGGUGUUGUGACAUGCACCGUGGUUGGUGAUGUGCCCUUCCAACUGAAGCCUGCGAGUGAGAUAGAGGGUGACAUGAACAAAAAGAAAUAUUUUCUGCACACGUCAGCUCCACUUGACUACGAAGCCGUGCAGGAGUACAACGUCGUGAUAGUCGCUGUGGAUUCAGGCAGCCCCAGUCUGUCUGCAAACAACUCAUUAAUCGUGAAAGUUGGGGACAUGAAUGACAAUCCACCUAUCUUUAGCAAAAGCACAAUGGAAGUCUCAUUUCCAGAGAACAAUGCUCCUGGUGAACGUGUACUGACUGUAGUGGCCUUGGAUGCAGACAGUGGUAAAAAUGCAGAAAUCUCAUACUCACUAGACUCCUCUGUGAAUGGAAUAUUUUCCAUUGACCCAGACAGUGGUGACAUUCGUGUUAACACAAUACUUGAUAGAGAGCAAACAGAGCGCUAUGAAUUCAAAGUAAUCGCCAAAGACAAAGGUGUGCCUGUUUUACAGGGCUCAGCUACAGUGGUGGUACUGGUGGCAGACAAGAAUGACAACGAACCAAAGUUUAUGCAGGAUGUUUUUACUUUCUAUUUAGAGGAGAACCUGCAACCCAACAGCCCCGUAGGCAUGGUAACAGUAAUGGAUGCAGACAAGGGACAUAAUGCUGAGAUGAGCCUCUACAUUGAGGAAGAGGAAGAUAUUUUCUCCAUUGAGAACAACACAGGAACCAUCUUUUCUACCGUAUCAUUUGACCGUGAACAGAAAACCACCUACUCAUUCCGUGUUAAGGCUGUUGAUGGUGGGGACCCAUCUCGAUCAGCCACGGCCACCGUCUCGCUUUUUGUCAUGGACAAAAAUGAUAACCCACCAACAGUCACUUUUCCCCUUAACAGCUCCUAUACUCUGUUACCUCCAUCCAGCAAUUUGAGAACAGUCGUCCGGACAGUCAUAGCUACCGACACUGACACAGGCGUCAACGCUGACCUCAGGUACAGCAUAGUAGGAGGCAACCCCUUCAAGUUAUUUGAGAUUGACCCUGCCACUGGCGUUAUUUCGUUAGUUAGUAAGCUAGAACAGAAACACUACGGCCUUCACCGCCUGGUAGUGCAAGUUAACGACAGUGGCGUUCCGUCACAGAGCACCACCACACUAGUGCAUGUCUAUGUCAAUGAAACACUCUCCAACUCCACCAUAGUCGAAGCCAAAAUCGCCAAGAGCCUCGGUACGCCCCUUAAUGCCGACAUUGCCGGAGACCCCAACUAUGACCUGGGCAAGCAGCGUUUAAGCAUUGCUAUCGGAGUGGUGUCUGGCAUCAUGACCGUCAUUCUCAUCAUCCUCAUUGUGGUCAUGGCCCGCUACUGCAGGCCCAAGAACAAGAACGGGUAUGAGGCUGGUAAGAAAGACCAUGAGGACUUCUUCACCCCACAGCAGCAUGACAAGAACAAGAAACCCAAAAAAGACAAGAACAAAAGGAAGUCUAAGCAGCCUCUGUACAGCAGUAUUGUCACAGUCGAGGCAUCGAAGCCUAACGGACAGCGCUACGAUGGCGUCAAUGAGAAACUCUCUGACAGCCCUGGAAUGGGGCGUUAUCGCUCUGUUAAUGGUGGGCCUGGAAGCCCAGACCUUGCCCGCCACUACAAGUCCAGCUCACCUCUACCUACUGUUCAGCUUCAUCCACAGUCACCCACAGCAGGGAAAAAGCACCAGGCUGUUCAGGAUCUGCCACCGGCCAACACCUUUGUGGGCACCGGAGAUAACAUAUCCAUUGGAUCUGACCACUGCUCUGAGUACAGCAGCCAAACCCUGAACAAGUACAACAAGCAGAUAUCAGACAGAGCGAGGAUGUUUGAAGACCUAAACAUUUCUAAUGCUUUCUGGACAUCCUUCAGAGAUUUGGAUGAGGAUAAAAAGCAGCUAAGCAGCUUGUAAUUCACAUUUCCUACAGCACAUCAAGCACAAAUCUGUGUUUGAAAUAUAGAUUAGACAGAGAAGAAGAAGCAAGCCUCCAGGUUUGAGUGUAGCCCCUGCAGGCUAAUUGGAUGGGAUUCCAGGCACAAUUUAUGCACAGCCCUACACAAAACAUCAGGGUUUUUAUGAUAUAUGGCCAUAAAGGUAUAAAGCAAAACAUAUUUUGACCCCAGGUAUGAUUACAACGCUGCCACCUUUAUGUUCUUGUACUGACCAGGUCAUAAAAUAUCAAGUAAAAUCUUGAGACAUAAAUGGAAUGAAAUACAUGUCAUGCUCAUGCAUAUCUAAGCUUGGAAUUAUUAGAAAGAUUUUAAAUGUUUUAAAUGCGUUAUUGGCAUGAACAGUGCCUCAGUAUCACCAUGUGGUGUUUUCAAAAGCUUACACUAAGCCUCAAAAGCACUCAAAACCUUUAGCACAUAGGCUUCCGUUUUUCAUGCGGUAGCUUUUCUGUAUAUGAACAAUUCACUAUAAUUAUUACUAUAAUUAUUCAACAAAAUAUGGUGUCCAGGUGACAUUUUCUCGAAUUAACAUAUAAAUAACCAUGACUCAGAGUAUGUGUAUAUGAACUUUCUCAAACAGUAUAAUUUGUAUGUGAUGCUUGUAGAAAAAAAGUCAUGAAGUUUGUAUAGAAACGCUUUUAUGUUCUGUAUUUUUUGUUUUCAUAAUAAAUAAAUAUUUCUAAACAAGAUCUGAUACUCAUGCAGUUGUAGUGCAUUAUAGAGCUGGAAAUUGCAAAAUGGCUGCUCUAUAGCUAAAAAUGCUCAGGAAAUGGAGACGUAGCAACUUGUAGCAAAAACUGUUGGCUGUUGACUGUUAGCUAGCAGGCCAAGCUACUAUGAUCUUCUAGCUCUUCAGAGAAAAAAAUUAACAACAGGUUAUAUUUAUAUAUUAUUUGAGGUAGAGUAAUAAAUUAGAAACCAAAUAGAUAGUAUAAUGAAUUGAGCCGUCAUGACUUCAUUACUUCACACCAUCAGUUUCAUUUCUGAAUGAUCCCUAGCAUUAGCGUUAGCUGUCUUUAACUAGAAUGCUAACAUCUCCCUCAUAAGCUGAAGUGGCACUAGUGAUAUCAUUUGAGAUUUCAUUUUCCUGUUUAUUCUGAUACAUUUACCUUUUUGGGUACUUCGUAUUUUGUAUAAAUAUUUAAAUGUAUUUUUACCCAUCCUAGCUCAUACAACAGUGAUUUAAGUCUAAUAACAUAACUCAGAUGUUUCGUUUGUAAUGGCAAAUAAAUAGUCCCGGUGUGAAAAAACAGAUCUGGUUCUGUUUAUAUUAUGUAAUAUCUCAUUUAGCAGCAAUAAUGCUAGAUUAUGAGCCACAUUUAAGGAAUAAUGUAUGUAUGCAGGCUGGAUCAAAUAGAAACCUGUUGUGUAAAAGUGUACCAGUCUGAGUUGAAAGUGUAGCAUUCAGUGAUUGCAUUCACAACCAUGUGUUUACACACAUACACACACACACACACACGCACACACAAACUCAGGAUAUAAUAAUGGAAAGCUGAGCUGCUUCUUCUCAGUAGAAGUCUGUCGAUAGAGCCUCUCAGCCCACUCACCCCCCCAAUAUGCUUUUUUUUCCAACUGCACAUUUUUAAAAACCUUCACUCCACACGUUGCCUCAUCUCAUGCUCUCUUUUUGCCUUUUUCUCUUGUCCACGAGCCUCUUCGAACCCCUCUGUUCCCUCCUGAGCCGCUCUGACAGUUGCAGCGCUAGAGACGGUUUGAUUACGAGCUGCAGCCUGGGCCGGAGGGAGGCAGGGGCGUCUGAGGAGAGCACGACUGAAAAUGAACACUGCAGGCUGGGAUAGAGCCGCUGCAGAAGUUUCUCUACUGUCAUGGACUGAAAUGCCGGAGGUUCUGAAGAUGAUGCGUUUUAUUUUUAUCGAAUGAAAGUGAACAAAGGAGAGAGGGGGAAAGAGAAGAGGGCAAAUCAUAGAGGGGAAGAGAGAGUGCAUGAGAGUGGGAGCCUAAUUGUGUUCAAUUAUUUUCAAGGUUAAACAAGCACAUAGUAAUGUUUGAGAUUAAAAAAAUUAAUUUGGAGAGAGAGACCAAGAGAGAGAGAGAGCGAGAGAGAGAGAGGAGUAACACAAAUGUCAGUGAUGGUGAUGUUUGUGUGUAAAAAAAUAGUAUUGUUACAUGUAUUGACAUUAUACUAUUAGUAUUAUACCACAGUACUGUUGAAUUCUCAAAUCCAAUUGGUCAAAAAGGCUUGAUUAAUUUUAUUUAACUGCAGUUCUCACAACAGUUCCAGCUGUAAUUCAAAUAAGUUUAUUAUUAUUAUUAUUAUUAUUAUUAUUAAUGCACUCGUUCUAAUACAUGCUGUUAUUUAACAAACACUCGUUCUAAUACAUGCUGUUAUUUAACAAACAUAUAUUCAUUCUGAAGUUUUCUGUAAGGAGACAUUUAGUGAACAUUUAAGAAAGGACCCAUCAGUAAGUUUGUCUGCCACAGGAGAGUCGUCAGGACAGAGGACUUUGUGCUUUCUCUGUAACGUGACAUGCAGUGUUUGUCUUAUUAACUUAGGGAGAAGAAAAGAGAUUCUAGUAAGGGAAGAACCUUUCAUAGCUGCAAUAAUGUGCACUCAUCAAGCACUUUAUUAGGAAGACUAUACUAAUACUGGGUAGGGCCUCCCUUUGCUCUCAAAACAGCCUCAAUUUUUCAUGGCAUGGAUUCCACAAGAUGUUGGAAACAUUCUUUUGAGAUUCUGGUCCAUGUUGACAUGACUGCAUCACGCAAUUCUUGCAGAUAUUUCAGGUGCACUUUCAUGCUGUGAAUCUCCUGUUCUACCACAUCCCAAAGGUGUUCUACUGGAUUCAGAUCCAGUGACUAGGAAAGCUACUGAAGAACAUUUAACUCCUUGUCAUGUUCAUGAAACCAGUUUGUGAUGACCUUUGCUUUGUGACAUGGUGCAUUAUCAUGCUGGAAAUAGCCAUUAGAAGAUGAGUAAAUUGUAAGUUUUUCCAGUCUUAUACUGUCCCAGUUUUUUGAGCCUGUGCCCACUCCAGCCUCAGCUUUCUGUUCUUGGCUGACAGAAGUGGAACCCAACGUGGUCUUCUGCUGUUGUUGCCCAUCUGCCUCAAGGUCUGACAUGUUGUGCAUUCUGAGAUGCUUUUCUGCUCAUCACAAGUGUAGAGUGGAUAUCUGAGUUAGUGUAGCCUUUCCGUCAGCUCAAACCAGUCUGGCCAUUCUCCAUUGACCUCUCUCAUCAGCAAGGAAUUUCCAUCUGCAGAACUGCCUCUCACUGGAUUUUUUUUUCUUUAUUGCACCAUUCUGAGUAAACUCUAGAGAGUGUUGUGCGUGAAAAUCGCAGGAGAUCAGCAGUUAUAGAAAUACUCAGACCAGCCAGUCUGGCACCAACAAUCAUGCCACGGUCAAAAUCACUGAGAUCACAAUUUUUCCCCAUUGUGAUGGUUGAUGAGAAUAUUACCUGAAGCUGCUGGCCUGUAUCUGCAUGAUUUUCUGCAUUGCACUGCUGCCAUACGAUUGGUAUGAUAAUUGGAUGAAUGUACAGGUGUACAGGUGUUCCUAAUAAAGUGCUCAGUGAGUGUAUACAAUAACAGGAACUAACUAGUCUCACAGAUGUUCCACAGCAUUAAAUGUAGUUAUAAACAGAACAAACACAUGAUGUGUUGUUCAUUAAUAAAUUAAAAAUUGUAAUCUUUGGCAAAUUGCUGUAGUAUAAGAGGACCAAAAACACUUAGAUAUGUGUGAAUACACUUGAUUUAUUGGAAAAUAAUCAACUGGGUGGUAACUAACUCACAGUGGAGCUCGUCACACCAACCCAUCAUUGAUUAUUUUCCUAUAGCAACAUGUCUUGUCUUGUUUUUCCCCUUACAUACAUUAUACACUUACAUUAUUACACUUCUUGCCUACAAAACAACAUUAAUAACCUUAGCAUUAUCUGCUUGCUAGCCAGGUGAUGUGGCUUAUGUUAGCAGUGGCCCAAGAACUGCACAAGAUGUUCAACAUAAAACAUACUUGUAGUGCAUUGUCUUGUAAAAUAUUGUCAAAAAUAACAGCUGUUCUGGCACGCAAAGGCUGCAUGUGUGUGUGUGUGUGUAUGUGUGUGUGUGUGUGUGUGUUAGGUGAGUGUACUAAAGGGAAUGACAGAUAUGAAAAGCAGAAAUAUAGGGGCUGCUGGAGGCCUCCUCAGGGCCUGCACCUCUCCACAGCUGGUGUGAAGUAUGAGGAGAGAGAUUGCAAAAGAGCUGAGAGCCUGCAAUACCACCACUGUCACCUCCGCUGUCUUUCUCUUCUUCUUUCUUAUGUCCCGCUAUUGUCGCACCGCUCUAAAUUUUCCUCCCUCCCUUUAGCUUUUUCACUGCCUGCUGUCGCUUUCUCAGUGAAGCUGUAUAGCGUGCCUGAGGUGUGGUUGUGGGGUGGAUUGUUUUUGUGUCCCCGUCCACUGUUCUGAAAGUAUCAAGCACAUGUUUGUGAGUGGUGCUUUUGUGCUUAUUCCGUUUAUUAUUUGAGACCUUUUUAUGUUAAGGGCGUACUCCAGUGUUUCUCGAGCUAAUCUCUACCCUCCACAUCUGUAGCGAAUGUGUGAUUACCAUGGGAAAACUUGUUGACACACUUCCCUGCCCUGAGAAAAACAAAGAAAUCCUGCAUGCUUAAAACUCCCUCGUAACUGGAGAUGUUUAAAUUUGAUCAAUAACCAAUUAUGUAAAACAAAUUGAAAACUAAUUGUUACACUAACCAAAAAAUGUCCCAGGAUGAACAUGAGAUGAGAAGUAGUUGUUAUUUAUGUAAGGAAUAAAACACAACAGGGCAUUCACAGACAACAAUUACAAUCCUUUUUUUUUUUUUUUUAAAGAGCAGCAUAUCUUUUAACUGUUUAUAGUCACAUUUAUCAGACUCGAGAAUUCAACAGAGCUGUGGUAUAAGUAGUUCUAGCCAAAUUUCCCAGGUGCACUGAUGUCACAUAAUAAAAACCACUGGUGCAACAUAAUAAAAGGUCAUUCUUAUACUUUUCUUGGAAUGUUGUCACAACCAUGUGCGAGCAAAUGGAAUUUUUUUUUUGCACUUUUGAAAUAUUUAUGAAUUAUAUGGUUUAAAAGCUUCGUUCAUGAAUACGUUUGACUGGCGAAUUCAUCAAAGAACUCUAAAAAUAUUACAUUUCACAUAAACAUUUAUUGACAGCUGCAGCAAGAGCCCUAGGACUUCCAGUUAGGAGUAAAACAAGCUCACUUUUUAUUUCUCAGCUGAGAAUUCCUAUAAUAAUGAGAAUAUUAAGAAUUCCUUUAAUUUGGUGUUUGUAGUCUAUGCGGUUAAAAAAAGACAGAUUGUGUGUGUGUGUGUGUGUGUGUGUGUUUUGGGAGGGGUGGUCAGUUGUAUUUGAGGAUUGUAGCUACCAUUUCAGUAAUGGAAUUCAGGAAUUCACCCCAAAUCGUCUCUCUCUGUCUUUCACAUACACACAUGGCCUCAUGGUGCCCAGAGGUGUGGUGUGCCAUAAACAAGACAAGACCACGCUUGCUCUGCAUUCUGCUGUUGUCCCCUCUUUUCUUGUCAUUCUCCCCAUCCCUGUAUUUUUUCUCUGCUAACUAGGAUGGAGGAAAGAAUGUGUGAGAGAGAGACAGAGAGAGAAAAAGAGGAAGACAUGUAUGAAGACACCAGAGGCAAAUUUCCAUCCAUACAUUUUUAAUGAUGAUGCUCUAUUUUUUUAUUAAAAUCCAUGCAUCAGAAUAUACAAUAAGGAGCAGAAAAUAAAAGCAAGAGGCAAGAGGGAGCAAGAAAGAUAGUGUUUGUUGGUGUGCGUGUGUGUGUGUGUGUGUGUGAAAGAGAGAAAGAGAGAGAUUCAUAAUGCAUAAUCUUCCGUGAAGUGUCUUGGAUAUAUUUUGAGAUGAGAAGGCGAACAGAUCUCAUUUUUUUAAGCAACUUAGAUAACUUGCAGAAGAAGGAUUGGCAAAGUUAUGUAAAUGUCCCUCAGACCCCCAGGGUAAUUUGUGUGUGUGCGUUUGGGUUUAAAGUGGAUAUUGGCAUGUAUUGUAGCUGGUAAGCCUUAAGUAUCUGAGUGUGCGAGUGAGUGAAUAUGUGAGUGAGCAGUUUGACACACAAUGAGUCCAAACAUUUACAUUCACUCACAUUUGCAUUUACAUUUAGUCAUUUGGCAGAUGUUCUUAUGCAGAGUGACUUAGACAAAGUACUGACGGAGUAAUGAUACACAGUAAUUUGAGAAUCUGAUGCAUUCAGGACCUGAAAGACUAGUCAGUAAAGCUGGUUCAAACAAAUACCAUAGUGGUAUAGACAAAGUUAAACCUAUACAAGGACCUAAGUAAGUGUGUAAACAAGAAAUCCCAGAGCUAUUUGCAUAUAGAGCAUUUAACGGAUACCUUUAUCUAGAGCGACUUAGUGCUUUAUGGUCUACAUUGAAAAACAUUUCCUCAUCCUGGUACAAAUAGGGUGGGGUCUAGGAAUAUGAUUAAGCUAAACCCUUUUAAAGAUAGUUAGCACAGAAACAAAAAUAACACUUAAGUGUUAUUCUACAGGGUGUUCCACAAGUCCAGCAUCAGCAUAGAAAAAAAAACAGCAAAACAAAAGCUUUUACUUAAAGAACUUGCUCAAUAUGUCCACCAUUUUCCUCAGUUCAGAACAGGAUUAUUUGGAUUUGUUAUUCCUUGCUUAGAUACAAUAUAAAAUAUACAUUAACCUAAUAAUGCUGGAUUUAUUUUAGGGAAACCUUAGAUAUUGUCUAUGAGAAAAGUCUCUAGGAAUCUGAGGAGCCUGGAUAUAAAAAAAAUAAUUCUAAUUUUAAGUUUAACCCACUUGUGUCAGUGCUUGUGUCAAUUCCAUGUGGAGUAUUGAAACUAUUGGGAAAAAAAAGCAAAAUUGCAACCAUGAAUAAGAGAUCUGUACAGGAAACAAGUGUUUUACUGGUUGUGAUGAGCUAAGUACAAGCUAUGUUGCUAUUGCUGAUGCAAGUUUUUUAGCUCUAUGCUCCCCUUUUGAGAUUGCAAGCAAAUGCAAAACCAACAAAUCAUGCAUCAUUUUCCAUGUCAUUAUUGUCAACAACAUUAAUUGGAAGUAGUUAAUUACAGCUAGUGUAAAGCUGACCUUGUAUUUUCAUACACCACAAUUUCUUUCAUAGUUGUAAUACAUUCAUAAUCCAAUAAUUAUAUCACUUUGUGUGACACAAACGUGGAUUUAUAGGGAACGAUUACUUAGGUUAGAGGUAUUAGCUAGUCUAGGUAUUAGCUUAGAAACUUAUAUGUUUCGUGUUAGCUUAUUGCCAUCUGGAAGAGUUUUAUCACUGGAAGAGAUUUCAGACAUUCAUUCGUCUUCAGUAACCGCUUUAUCAUGAUCAAGAUCAUGGUGGAUGAAUGUGAGGCAGGACUACAGCAGGAUGAGACAUCAGUCCAUCACCGGCCACCAUGCACACACUUUCACACACUGAUUCACACCAAAUUAAUGUAGUUAAUCCACCUUCCUGCAUGGGAGAAAACCAGAGAACCCAGAGGAAACCCAUGCAGACACAGCGGGAGCACGGGAAAUCUUGUCUGAAAUCCACCUUACGUUUAAAUACAUUCUGUUGAAAUGAGGUAAGACUGGGUUUCUAUGUUAGACAUUCAUAUAUAAGCCACACACACACACACACACACACACUAAAUUAAUUAGCCCUAGGUGAGGGCAAGGGAGAUAAGAGGUGAGAUAAAGUUCUGUCCUGAGCUGCUGUAGGUCUCAGUAGUCUUGCUCCUGGGUCUAAAUGUGGCUGUAGGGUCAUGCUCUUUCUCUCCCUCUGUGCUCAGCUCACAUGAUCUCUCAAACCAACAACCCUUGUGGAAUUCACCUACAUAUGUAUAGAUGUACAUUUCCAUUUAGAGCCAUCCCAGUCCCUUACUCGUGCCCCCUCCCUCACUCUGCCCCAAAGAGCAUUAUGAGGAUACAGCAAAUGACAGUGACAUUUACAUUCACUCCCUGGUGUUCUUUUUUUCCAUCCAUCUCUACGUCUCUGCAACAAUGUCUGCAAAUGUCUUGUAUCUUUCAAACAGAAAAAAAACAAAAACUUGCUUUUGCUAAAGACUAUUCAGUUUGGAGUGUUUCUACCCAUAUGUGUAAAAUACAGGGUGGUGUCUAUGCAAAUAGUUUAAUUUUGCACUCACAGUGUCAAGAAUGAUGACUACUUUUGCAAAUUAAUAUGACUAAAGGGCAUGUAUUAAAUUCACAUAGGGCUGGUUCUGUCAUUUGGCUGCAAAUAAAGCCAUUGCUUUAUUAUAGGCUGACAAUACGUCUCAGUAUUUAAAAGUUUCUCAAAAUGAUGAGUUAAUAUUAUCAGGAUGAAGUUGGCAUGCUUGUGCCUCUGAUCUUUCUUGGUUAAGAAUGAAUGCGAGAUAGAACCUUAGAAUACUUAGGUCACAUAUUUUAAUUUAUGUUCUUAUUGUGUUUUAAGUCUUUUACAUGUCUCACCACCUUUAAUAAUUGUUAUACUUGGCACAGGAUUACACGUACUUGUCGUAUGUUUCGGUUUUAUUUCAGGAAGUUCCUUUGAGAUCAGAACCAGUUGUAGCAAUUGAGAACAAAUUAGUACACAAAAAACUUUCAUUAUGCAAUUUCCCUCAAUCUGCUUUCACAAUAUCAAUGUCAUUUACUCAAUUAUUCUUUGUAAGUCUCUCUCUCUCUGUCUCUCUCUCUCCCCCGUGCUAUGUAUUUACUCUUGAAUUUGAGCCAAAGAACAAUCACACGCGCUCUAAGUGUUUCUUAACACCUAUGACUCUGCUCGGCUGAGUAAACUAGAUUUUCUCGGCGCGACUGUCUGUUAUUAAGGAUGUUAUAACGAGUGGGAGAAGGCGUAUGGAUUUCCGUUAAUUACCUGCACCCAUCUGGCCCUCCCCUGUUCAUCAGGACGUCCCUAAUGACAGGCACGGUCGAUUUUACGAACGCUGCCCCUUAUAUAUUUUACAGUUCCAUAAACAAAAGGAUUAGUGCCACUCGAAAGCUCCACUGAUGUGAAACACCUGGAAAGCUCACGCUUCCUUCUUUUCUUCCUUUUCUUAUUUCACUUUUUCAGACAAACGUCUCAACAGUGAAGGCUUUUAGGUUUACAGGUUCUUAUUGAAACAUAUUGCCGAAUGACAGUUUUAUGUCUUCAUCUGAUGGUUAAAAAAAAUAGCAUGGCAGUCUAUGCAUUCUUAAAGUAAAUAAAAUAAAUAAAAUGUUUCUGCAUUUAUAUGGCCCGCUAAGACAGAUGGCGAAUGAAGGUUUAUCUUUGGCGGUGGUGGCUUCUUUUUCUUGAUUAGUUAUUUUUGGGUUGUGUGUGUGACUGAGUAGGUGCGUGAGUGCGUGAGUAGUGAAAUGCAGCAAUAGCAGCAGAUGUGUCAGGCAGUUUGAUGCAGAUGUGUGAACUCACUGUAAACACAUACACCUCUUUCUCUCUCUCUCUGUCUCUCUCUCUCUCUCUGUCUCUCCUACUUGUUUUUCCAACCCUCCCUUCCUCCUCUGUCUUUAAUCUGUUCUGUAAUGUUCCACUCUCUUGGCUCUGGACUUGAGCCAUCUGACGAAAGACAAAUCGAGUAUCUGUUCAUUUUUUCUCCUCCUGUUCCCUGAUAAAAAAAAAAAAAAAAUUAAAGAAACUCUGAACUGCGCCAAACUGGGUCCAGCUGAACCAGAUGUCUGUGCUCAGGCUCUGCUUAUCUUCUUUUACUUCCAUAGUGAGUGACUGAGUAAGAGAGAGGGGGAGAAAGAAGGAGAAGGAAAAUCCAGGGAUGCUCUGUUCACCAGGCAGGUACAGCGUGAUGGACAAAAACAAUAGACUGCAGAGGGUUUUGAGCUCGGGGAGAGAGGGAGUGGUGAUAAGGUGGUGAUUGCACUCUGCGGAGUGCACUGUAUGUGUUACGUGUGUGCCUGAGUGUGUUUUUCUGCUUUUUCGCUCCUGUAUGGGUUGGUUUUGAAUGCCAGCGGCUCCACCACUCUCCUACUUCAGGUGGGCAUAAUAGCAGUGUGAUGAAAGAAAAGGAGAAAGAAAAGCUCGACAUUACACCACAUACACUCCAGCCAUUUAUGCUUUAGCUGUCAAAACACGAUUCUCUGUUUUUUCUCUAAUCAUUUGGACACAUUAUUUACACAAACACACGUGCCGUGUUAACAUUACAGCAAACGAAAAUGAAAACAUAGUUGUCGUAGUAACAUAAUCAUCAUUAUUUUAUAUGUGGUCAAAAAAUUGGCGUGCAUUAAGAACCAGAACAAUUCCAUGCAUGCAUAUGAUUUGAAUUAUAUAGCUCCAGCAACAUGACCGGAUUAAUUUCAUGUUUUUACAACAGCUGCACGAAAUAAAUUCCAUAUGGGAAUGUAACGUUCAUACGGACUAAAUCUUACACAAACAAUGUUUACCUCUGCAAGAACCCUGUGUCUAGACCACAGAAGGGUGUGUGAGCAAGUGUGUAAGUGUUUGCAUGGCUGCUUCAGCAGUUCUGCUCAUUUAUGCCACUGACAAAAAAGUCUGCUGGCGUAAGAGAUUUUUAUUUUUUACACACAACCCAAAAUAGAGCGAGACUUAAAGAAAAGAUACAAAUUAAAAUAAAGAAUCUACUUGCGUAAGUCUUUCUCGUGCCAAAAUGGGCACUUGUAAUCACCGCCGGUGUUUAGACGUGUUGGCCCCAGGGGAGCGGAUACGAGUCAACAAAAGAAGAACAAAAAAACAAGUCCUUCCUUGUAUUCCAGCGGUCUAAGCAAUUACUAAUUACUAACCCCACAACAGGAGCCUCGUUAAGAGACAACCGAACUAAAGAAACACAAUGAUUAAACGGCAAUUCUAAUGAAUGUUGUUUUUUUUUGUUAAAAGAAAACAAGCAUUUGAACCAGGGGAAACUACAGACAUAGAAUCUGGGUUUUUUUCUCUAUAAAACACUGUAGGCAAAAUACUAAUUUUAGGAUUCUUUAUAUAUAGUCUAUAUAACCAGGACAUAUUAAAUAUUAAAAAAAAAACAUUUUGGCAGACUUGUUAGAUAAAUAAUAAAGUACAAUAAAGUCAAUUUAAUGUGAAUACCAUGUAAAACAUAAAAGACAAAAUAUUAAAGCACAUAAGCAGAUAAGACAGAUAAGGCACUAAUAUUGAGGAGCAAACGAUACUGCUUGUUUUUAUUAAUAUGUGUAUCAUAGACCUGUCAUAUCGUCGCUGAUGGCUCAAAGUAGGGCAAAUGUGAGGGCUAUUUGGAAAACAGCCCACCCACACAUUUUGAGAGCCACCCCCCCAAUCUCCCCCUACCCAAUCCCACCAGAUCCAUUUAAUCUCCUGCCAGGGUAUUUUUAUUACUUACACACUUCAUAUGUUUUAGCUGGUAAAUCUCUUCACGAACUAUCCCUUUCACAGCUGCUUUGGUGAGAUCUUACACCCGGUGCCUGAUGAAAGAUGUGGAGAGUGUGAAAAGAAUGUCUUUAAGUGUGCAAGGUAUUUUCAGCUGGUGUGCAGGAAUGCUUGUGUAUGAGAUACUGGGUCUAAUCAGUGCUCUAAAAGCGAAGAAAUGAGCAGUAUCUCCGUGUCAGAUUGUAAACUGCUAAAGAACAUUCCUCUGUUUGACAGCGCACUGACUGCUACGACAUAGCGAGCAUGCCUUGGCUUUUAGAGAAGCACAAAUGAACAGCAAUGAAUGCAAUUGAUAGAGUGAAAAAAAAAAACACAUACACACAGAGAGCCUAUAUUCUUAAUACAAAAGAAUAAGCUAUUGAUCUGAACUUCAUGCUUUAGGGACUAGAGUGAACAUGAAAAUCCAAUAACAUCCAACACUGAUAAAAUCCAAUAUCUGGAUUAUUUAUGGCUUUCCUCAACAAUCGAUUGCGGUACUUGUUUUAUGAGAAUAUAUCACCUUAAGCCAAUCUAACCCAUUAGAGUGGCUUGUACUGAUAAUACACAAGCUCAAUUAUGUGUAUUCAUUUAAACAACUUUCAAUACCACGAUUCAGUGUUCCACUCGAGGCCUGUUCCUAAUCAUCAUCUCACACUGCUAUCAUUAAUCCUACAGAACAUCUUUACUCCCCACAUCUUCUAGAUGUAUUGAGUAUAGAGGUUUAGGGUUGGAUUUUUAGUAUAGUUUUGUAUGUGGACCUGAGAAGAAGAAGAAAAUCAUUCUAAUUCAGUUUGCUUUCAUCCGCCAAGUCCAUUUUCGCGUCCAAAUGUCUAGCAUGUCGAAGCUGUCGACCCAAACGUCUGGCGUGUCGAUUCUGUUUUGGCUUGUGUGCUUUUGAUUGUCGUGCUGUCAAAAAAAAACAUUUUUUUUCCCUCUGAAUCACUUCAUCUCUUAUCCAUUUUGCAACAGAGGGCUUCAUUAGAAUAAAGUAGCUGUGUAUUCCAGCAUAGCAAUGGCAUUCUUGCAUCCAAACUGGAGUCAUUCUCUCAGUGAAAAUUACAAAAACAAGCCAAAUGGCUAAAAUACGCUACAUAUUUGCAUGUUAUUGGUUUUAUUUCCAUUAUAAUAUAAAGGUAUUUGCUUGAUGGGUACACUGUAUCUGUUGAUUUCCUGAGUUCUUUAACAAUACCAUUCAAAUAUCUUUUUAUUCUAUAAAGGCCACAGUUUGUCUUAGACUAAGAUGUUCUGCCCACAGACUGUAUGAUGUAUAUUACAUAUCAGGUCACAAUUUUAGAAUAUUGUUAGUUAUAUUACAUGUCUUUGGCUUUUUUUUUUAGAGCUAUAUCAUGUCUUUAAAGGUUAUUCAAGAGUUUUGUUGGAAGGAGUUGGUAGCACAUAAAAGGAGAUAUCCUUGCAUGUUUGUUGGCAGGGUAUGAAGGUAACGUGUCAACGUUUCACACAAAAACAAGUGUCUGUGCCUGGUCUUUCUCAAAGUCAGUCUAAUCACGACUGGAGACUCCCUUCUGUAAAUGCUAAAUAAGUCUCCUCACAGAAGUUCACCAUAUUAACAAUUAUGCAGUGCAUACGCGUCCCUGUGUAACUUGCAACUAUAGAACGAGCACAUAAAAAAAAAAAAAAACUAUACAGCUGUACUGACCAAUCAGAAUCGAGAAUUAAACAGCAUUGUGGAAUGAGUAAUACACAACAUACUCUUUUACUUGGUGCAAGUUGCAACUUCCAUUUUAUUCCACAGCACUGGAAAUAACAUUGCUGCAAUCCACUCAAUAUAUCAGUUUCAGUGUUUAGAGACAUUUGAAGUGCAUAUUCAACACCUGUGGCCCCCUUCACUACUUAAAGAGUGUACACUCCUGCCAGUACCAGAGGCUUAGCAUAGAUAAAUGACACAGAAGUAUCAGGGGACAGGCAGUACCUGCCUCAGCCUACAUCAUGCACACACAGAUUGGCUUGAUCUGUAAUCUAGCCUGGGGAUCCAGCCUAGGCCUGAGUGAGAGCUAAGCACGGAGGGAAUGCACCAGAGCAUCUGUUCUCUCAGCCUAGGGCUCUUUCUCCUCCUCUACCUCUCUCCCACCUCUCUCCACUCCUCCUCAUUUUCCUCCAUCUCUCUCUUUGAUCCUCUCUGAUUCUGUCUGUUCGCAUGAUGCUCCCUAUCAGAGGCAGGUAACAUACAGAGACAUGAGGGCAUAUGGUGCAGAUGAGCCAACACACCCACGUACACACACACACAUACACACAUUACUCCUAUCAAAGGCCUAGCUUUCUGGUCAUCUGGCCAAACACACAUUCCAUUUUGUGGCAAUAACAAGAUACAGGUUCAUUUGCACACACACACACACAAACACACACACACACACAUGUUCCUUUCUAGCAAACUAAGAAGCCAUUAAAAUGCAUAGCCCACAUACAAGUACAACAAACAGACAUACAAACUUUCUCCAAAUAUGUCAAAAAUAAUCUCACUUUCUCAUUCUGCUGCACAAACACAGUCAGUGUCCGUGCAGCAAAUUGCCUCUCAUUAAAGAAAGUCUCAUUUUCACUUUAUUAGCGCAUGUAUGUUUUUGCAUUUUGGAAAAAAAAUGUGGAUAACUCAGCGUUUUAAUCCCAACACUAGCAUUUAAUGAGACUUUUUUUUCUACUAUAAUGCAUUAUUCAAUUAGACAACAGAGAGGAAUGCUGCAAAGAAAAUCUCCUCAGGUGGUCGGAAACCUUGGCCACGUCUUUCUGGUGCUUAAAACAUCAAAGAAAGAGCAAGCACACACUGAGCUACCUUUCGUAAAAGGGAUUUAAGACUUAGUACAAUAAAACAGUGUGAACACUUUUUGAAACAUGAGCAGACAGGGCUACAAUAGAGCAUUAACUUUCCUUGAGCUCUUACGCUGAGAGAUGGACAGUAUUGCAAAGUUAAACUGCAUUUAGAGAUUUUGUUUUGUUUGUUUUAUUUAAGGAAUGUUACUGUUUGUGUGUGUACGUAACAUAACAGCUCGUUCAUAAUUAUGUUAAUGUACCAUGUGUAAUGCACAAUUCUUCACAUUAACACACUGAAUGAAAGGUAGUGUCAUUGAGUCAAGGUGAAAAAAAGUAAAAACCAUGCUGGUUUGGUUUUCUAAUACAGUUUUUUAAAUGUAUUUCCACAGGUGAAAUUAUCCAUUGUAGUGGGGCCUUGAAAUUGUAUUUUGCAAUUCUUUUUUUUUUUAAUUUUCUCCCUCUUUCUUUCUCUCUCUCUCUCUCUCUCUCUGCCUCAGCACACUGCUGUUCCGUUUCAUAAUGUCUCCAGAACAAAUUAGAGUUAAUUACAGCCAUUCCCCCUCUUUUCCCCAGCAUGACACACAACACUGGACUACCUCAAUAUUCACUGCAAUCUGCACACACACACUCACACACACACACACACACACACACACACAAACACGUAUACACACACAGAAUUGCUCAGUUGUGCCCUGUAUCAAUUGUAAAUCAUUCUGGAUAAAAAGUGUUAGGCAAAUAUAAAACACUUUUUAAUUCGAAUGGAUCGCAUUUUUACAUCAUACAUUACAUAGCCAUAAUGCAAACCUGCAUUAAAAUAAAAAGAGAACAUUAUCUUUUAAGAACUGCUCAGAAACAUCAGUGUAAAAAAUGAACUCUGAUCAGAAAAUCUCAAGCUUAAAGCCCAUUGUACACCAGAUGCCCAUCGUGCCCUUGCUUGAAAAACACCAUUGUGUUGAUGAAUUUGCAAAAGACUAUAUUUUUAAUUAUGCUAUGUGCUUCCUAAGCCCAAAUUCAAGUUUUAUUUGAACUUGUAGCCCUGCUACAAGCAGCGGUGCUACGUACCACUGCAUAGAACGAAUAAUUAUUUAAUAUGCUGACAACACAGUUACACUAAUCUGACAUUAUAUUUUCACACAAAAUGUGCUAACCCAUGGUGAGAAAGCCCAGAAAUGUUGGAUUCAUCUGCAAAUGCAGCACUGCGGUAUAUUUUAUUUCUUUUCGUAAGGGCUAACAUGUUUAGCUAAGUUUGUUGACCUAACCUCUCACGGCUGACAGAUGGGAGGAGUGGUUGGAUGUAAAAUAAGUGAUUGCAUAAAUUAACUCAAGCUAAUGGUUAGACUGUUGCUUAUAUUGGCAGUCCGUGGCAUAUUUUUGGCUUUUAGAAAGCCUUGAGUGAUGUUUCCCCCCAUAACUGGUUCCACCAGUUGGGAAUGAAAGUCAUAAGCAGUGUGUGAGCUUGCUUGGGUGUAUCUAUCUAAAAACCACAAAAGAAAAACAACACAAAUUGGAUAAUUUUCUGUUGCCAUUUCAAGAUCAGUUAACCCUUUCACUUCCAGCCAAAAUGCAACAAUGAAAUGACACUAUUAUCUUCUCCAUAUGUCCUUGUGGGUUUCCUCUGGGUUCUCUGGUUUCCUCUUUCUCCCACUUCCUAAAACAUGUAUGGGUAGAUGGAUCAGCUCCUCUAAAAUAGCCUUAGGUGUGAGUGUGAGUGAAUAGCGAAGGAGGCCCAUCCAGGAUGUGUUCCUGCCUUAUGCCUAGUGUUUCGGGGAUAGGGUGCAGAUCCAUCAUGACCCUGAUCAGGAUAAAGCAGUUAAUCAAUAUGAAUGAAUGAAUGAAUGAAUGAACGAAUGACUGCAAAACUUUAUCCAAACACACAACUGGUCAAAGAAAUAAGAAUGAGAUAUAUUUCAGGCAGAAAUCUUUAAGCUUUCUAUAUAUACCCCUGAUUAAGUGCAAGGAGCCAGUGAGAAUUCAACAGUAAGGAAAGACAGAAAAAAAGAGUACAAAAGAGUUCAUGUUCAGAAGGACACAGCUUAUCUCCAAUUUAAUGUUCUUUCAGUCAUUUAGAAUGCCAUCUCAAAGGUAUGCGGCACUGAAACAAAAAAAAAAAUCCAUCAAUGUUACACUUUAUUCUUUCUGUAUUACUUUCCCUCUCUCUGUCUCUUUCUGGGGACAUUUUACCAAGGACAAAUGCCAAGCAAAGGGAGAUAGGAAUGCUCUGGUUGAUAAAUCUUAAAAGAACAACACAUACACAUACGCGUUUACGCACACACAUGCACACACAUUGUGUUUUUAAAUCCUCACAGGAGAGAUAGCACUUCAUCUGUGGAGCGAGAAAUUGAUUUCGACAAGGCAGUGUUGGAAAUCACUGAAUCUGCAGCCAUGUCCAAAACACAGAAUACUGCAGCCUGAAUAUACAGCCACGUAUACACACACA